AUGUGGUAUAAAAGAGCUACAAGACCUAAACGUUCGAGGAAGCUUGAUUAUUCAAACCUCGAGAAUGUGAUGCGUACAGCAGAUGCCCGAGAAGCAAACUUGAAGGAGAAGCCAAACCUUCAUAAGUUAUACUUUUCAUGGGGUCAGGAUAUUGAUCUUAAGUUGGCAGGAAACGUGGAGGAAACCCUUGAAGAUCUCCGACCACAUCCGAAUCUCAAAAGGUUGGAGGUCAAAGGGUACAUGGGUGUCAGAUUUCCACAUUGGAUGACUUCUUCAUUGCUUUUAAAUCUGGUUGAAAUCUCACUGAUUGAUUGCAGAAGAUGCGAACAGCUCCCCCAGCUUGGCCAAGUACCGUUGCUUAAGGUUCUUGUGACACGGGGAAUGCAUGCUGUGAUAUCUAUCGGCAACCAUUUCUAUGGUGACAAUGUUGCAGAGGGAUUCCUGUCACUGGAAAAACUUAGCUUGGAAUAUAUGCCUAAUUUAGAGGAGUGGCUAGGAUUCAACGGAAAAGUACCCCCCUGCCUUAAUGAACUAUCUGUCUUCGAAUGCCCAAAGUUAACAACACUUCCAUGCCUUCAGUCUCUUAAAAAAUUGAUGUUGAAUGAUAGUAACGAGAUGUUGUUAGGUUCAGUGGCAAACCUAACGUCGCUUUCCUACUUGAAUAUUGAAUAUUUCUGGGAGCUAAGGUCGUUGUCGGGUGGGUUGUUCCCAAAUCAUACCCGUCUCUUGACCCUAGAAAUUUGGAGGUGCCCAAAGCUUGAGUCUCUGUCGGGGGAGCUUGGAAACCUCGCUGCUCUAGAGUCUCUGUCUGUUUAUCAUUGUGAUGGGCUGGUAUCAUUGUCGGAGGAGUUACAAAACCUCACCUCUCUCCAGAAUCUAAAUUUUUGUUGGUGCAAUGGUCUAACGUCCUUGAGACUACAAGGCUUGAGCUCUCUUAAACAUCUUGCCAUUGAGUAUUGUCAUAGCCUAACGAGUUUGAUGGGGGGCCUGCAACACCUCACUGCCUUACAAUCCUUGGAAAUUAUGGGAUGUCCGGAGCUGGCUUCCUUACCAGAGGAUAUGCAACACCUAAUGUCCCUUCGAUAUCUUAACAUCUGGUACUUUGAUAAGUUGACAUGUUUGCCGGAAGGGCUAAAACAUGUCACAACACUGCAAGAGCUAAGUAUCGGGGGUUUGAAAAGUCUAACGGCUCUGCCGGAGUGGAUAGGAAACCUCUCCUCGCUUCAAUAUUUGGAGAUAAUCGAAUGUGAUAAAUUGGGGUGUUUGCCAUCCGGGUUGCAACUCCUAACAAAUCUCGACCGUCUAAUAAUCUAUAAAUGUCCCCAAUUAGAGAAGCGAUGCGAGAAGGAGAAAGGCGAGGAUUGGCACUACAUAGCACACAUCCCAUGUAUCUACAUUAGAUAUACCAAAUCCAGAUCAGAAUCCGAAUCACCGAGAGGAGGUCAAGGGUGUGGUCGUCUGUUGAGGUUGAAGAGGAGAUAG